ACAAGGAACCAGGCAGACCACCUCUCUGAUCUACCAGGCAACUGUGAAAUGCUCAUCUGUGACUGGCUCUUUCCACUCUUCGCCUCGCUGACAGUCUGGUCCAGCUGCUUACAGUCCUGGGGUUUAAAAUGUCUCUUACUUCACUGCUUUUGAUCACCGGAGCUGUUUGCGCUUCUUCAACAACCCCAAGGCACAUGUUCCACUUCAUCUAUGGAUGCUAUGAAACAGACGAAGUGCGGGUGGACUUGGUUGUUGAUGACGACACGAUUGGAUACGCUGAUUUCACCAAACAAGAGAUGGUGUGGUGUUUACCUUAUGUGCCGCCCAGUGGCAAAGACUUGGAGAAAGAGGCUUUCAAAUUUGCCAAAAAUAGCAUUGCAAACUGUCAUUCUGUUUUGGCAAAGGCAAAAAAAGCAGAUCACGGAACACCUUUACGACAAGAGCCUCCCGACCUCUCCAUCUAUACCCGGUACAAGGCUGAGGAGGGGGUGCUCGACACUCUCUUCUGCUCGGCCAAUCAUUUCUACCCCCCCACCAUCAACUUCACAUGGACCAAGAAUGGCGCGGAGGUCACGGAGGGACUGCUAAACCUGCGUUUCAGUCACAACAAAGACGGGACGUUUCGGGGGAUCUCAACCCUGAGCUUCACUCCUCAAAGGGGGGACGUUUACUCCUGCUGGGUGAGCCAUGAAGCCUUGGAAAGACCGCGCAUCAUUACCUGGGAAUCCAGAAGACGAAGAAGUCCUGCACGGAUGUUCUUCUGUGCGAGUCUGAUUUUGUGCUUAGCUGGCAUCGGGACUGGCCUCUACUUUUUCAUCAAGAAGCCAAACUAUUGCUGUGGUUGUCAGUGAAUCGUUUGGAUCCGCCAUGCAAACCUGCAGUCUCGUAUAUAUAUUUUACUAAUCUAAGCUGAGGCUUCAGAGACACAUGCAGUUCUUUUAUCCAUUUGGGUUCUUUCACUUUGAAGAAAAAUAUUAACUAAUCAAAUAAAUAAGGAUUUUCCCGUUUUAGUUCAUUUGAGUUAUUUCAGUUUUUCUCUUUACUUUUAGAUUUCAACAUGUCAGACAGCUAAGAAAAAUGAUGGUGAAAAAAAAGGUCUUAAAGUAUAAAAUUGGAUUUAGGCUACACAUAAAGAUUUUUUUAAGUAUUGGAUUUUAUCGUUUUUUUUUUAUUUGCAAAAGGAGACAAAGGAUGACUGCACACCAAAGUCAUAUGGAUGGAAAUUGCCAUGCUUGUUAAUGUUAAUUCAAGUAAAUCUGCUGCAGCAGAUCUGUCUUAUUUGACAUGUGUGUUUUAUUCUGAAAGAAACUAGCCGGUGUCAAAAGUUUGAAUUAUAUAAAGAAUGGAAAACAUGUCACUUUCAAACUAGUAAAAAGGUACAAGCUACA